UUGAAUAUAUGGGUUAACUAAUAAUUAGGCUUAAACUGGGAGCUGCAGUAAAGAUACUAUAAAUAUAAGAAACCGCAGAAAGGGAGGAGGGAGGCAGAAAUGGGGUUUUGAAAUUUGAUGUAAAAUAAUAUCUUUUUUGUUUGAUGGAAACUGGAAAAUGAUACACACACACACACACACACACACACAAAUAUAUAUAUAUAUAUACGAGAAAGGUGGUAUAUAAAUGCAAUAUAAAAAAAUCGAUAAAUCAAAGUGAACUCUCAGCAAAGACUGGUGAUUGGCAUACAUUUAAAGGGGACUGUAGCUUGUAAAGGGUUCAGGGAACUGUAGGUCCGUAAGGGGCAAACUAUAGUUCCCAUUAUCCUUUGGUGGAAGCCAUAGGGUUUAAAUGCGUGGCGUGUACAUAGCCAUAAUCAAACCUCUGCAAAAACAAAUCAGGAGGGGUGCCCAAUAAACAGGCUGUCAGGAGGAGCUGUCCAUGGACCAUUUAGUCAGGCAUAGGCAAACUCCGGCCCUCCAGAUGUCCCUAGCUAACAGGACCAGUGGUCAGGGAUGAUGGGAAUUGUAGUCUCAAAACAUCUGGAGGGCUGGAGUUUGCCUAUGCCAGGUUUAGCUAUUCUUAUGUUCUUAAAGAAGUUGCAAGAGACAAUAACCGCCUGACAAAAUGUCCCUCUUCUUCCCCCCACAGCUGAGACUCAAUUAUGAAAACUACCGGAAGAAGCAUUGAUAGCAAGGCAGUGCCGGAACCAAAGCCCAUAGUUCACAAAUGGGAGGUGACAAAUUCGCUUCUCCGAACAGUGCUGGUCACCAGCUUGGGAUCUAUCCAAUAUGGUUACAUCCUCUGGGUAGUCUAUUCACCAGUGCUGCUCAUGGAAGACAUGGGUAAUGCUGCGAAGACUCCAGGAGAGCAGCAGUAUCUGUCCUUCAUGCUAGGCCUUGCCAUCAGUUUGUUCCCUAUUGGAGGCCUUACUGGAGCACUCAUCGCAGGAGUCAUGGUGGACGAAUAUGGAAGGAAAGGUGCCUUGCUGAUCAAUUGCUUCUCCUCCAUGGUGUCCUCUAUGUUGAUGGUUUGCGCCACUGUGGUGCAAGCCUUCCUGUUCACGAUGCUUUCACGCUUCAUCGUUGGAAUAACCAUAGGCAUCUUCUCCAUCGUGGUCCCAUUGUACCUCAUAGAGAUCUCCCCACUGAACAUGAGGGGAGCCAUUGGCAUGCUGCCUCACUUCUUUCUAGCUGUAGGUGUCCUCCUGGCUCAGACACUCUCUUUUCCUGAAAUGCUGGGGAACGAAGAAGAUUGGCCAAUACUGACAAGUGUCCCUGGAAUACUGGCAUUAUUUCAGACCGUUGUCGUUCCUUCCUUCCCCGAAAGCCCCAGGUAUCUCCUGAUUCAGAAAAAUGAUGAAGAAAAGGCCAGGCUAGCCUUGCAGAAGCUGAGGCACAAUGAGGACGUGCAGGAGGAGAUAGAAGAGCUGCAGCAGGAGAAGAUGGCUGAGAAGACGGAGAAGAGCAUGAACUCACUUAAGCUGCUGUGCUUCCCAAGCCUGCGGUGGCAAGUCAUCUCAGUCAUUAUCUUGAUGGGUGGCCAACAGCUCUCUGGAGUCAACGCAGUAUACUUUUAUACAGAGAGACUCUACCUGUCUACAGGAACUGACCUAAAUAAUCUCCCAUACAUCCGUUUAGCAUCAAGCGUUGCCAUCAUCAUUUCAGUCUUUGUCGGGAUAGUUUACAUUGACUCAAUGGGGCGAAAGUUCCUGCUGCUCCUUGGUUUUGGCAUGUGCACCAUCCUCUGCGUCGUAUUAACCAUGAACCUUGAACUUCAGGGAGAUGCCUUGUGGAUGUCUUACGUCGAUGCGCUCCUCAUCAAUAUUUUCCUCAUGGUACAUGCCGUCGGACCCAGUGCUCUUCCCAACCUGAUAAUAGCAGAGCUUUUCCUUCAGUCCUCGCGGUCCUCAGCCUAUGUGGUCGGGGGAUUUGUGCAUUGGUUCCUAAACUUCUUCAGCAUUGUGACCUUCCUCAAUAUCCAAAAAUACAUCGGAUUCUUCAGCUUCCUCAUCUGCUGUCCGAUAUGUGCUGCCACCUUCUUUUUCAUCUUAAAGAUGGUCCCAGAAACCACGCACCAGACUUUUCUGGAAAUCAGGAAGCAACUGCCCAUCUACGUGGCCCAAAGGCAGAUCACCAAGAUGGAGCGAAUGCCGAGGAGAAACACCAGGCGGGCGUUGGGGGAGGGGCAAAACCCUGUGUAGAAUUUGAUUAUAAACAUUUAUAAUCGAGCCAUGAUCCCAAGGGAAUCUCUACGGUUGUCCUUCAGCUGUCUCAGCACCGUUGACACACCAGUAUUGAGGUUUUGCCUCGAUUCAUUCAUUGCCCACCCUCCACCCUAAAGUGUGGGCUCCAAACUUAGGUGGGGUCCGAGAAAUACUCACCUCAAGGGUCAAAAGCCCAAGUAGAAAGGUGCAUCUUCCACAUUUGAUAGAAACUGCAUAAUGCCAAGCACACCACUGUGGGGAGGGAAUUUCACAUCUUAGCAGAUCACACA